UGAUCUAUUAUUGUGGGUGGGUGGUUUUCGUGUUGUUGCGUGCUACUAUAGUCAAACCUUGAAUGACCUUGAGCWGAACAAGUAAACAUUAUUACAAAUGGAUGGAUUUUUUGCUUUUCUAAGAAAAGUCCCUGGUAUUUCACUAUGGUUUGUACUAGUGUUCUUAGUUAGUGGUGUUAUUCUUAAUAUAAUUCAAAUAAUGACCCUUCCUCUAUGGAUUAUCAAGAAGACAYAUUAUAGAUGGAUAAACAAUGGUCUUGCGUACCUACAUUGGUGCCAGCUAACCUUUCUAUGUGAGUGGUAUGGAGGUGUCAAUAUAAUACUUUAUGGUUCUGAAGAAGAUUAUAGCUAUUUAGGUUAUGAAAAUGCUUUAGUUAUACCAAAUCAUCGCAGCGAUGUUGACUGGCUCAUUGGAUGGUCACURUCUGACCGUGCAGGAACACUAGGAGCAACAAAGUGCUUCAUGAAGUCCUACUUAAAGUUCCUUCCCAUAUUAGGAAUAAGCUGGUUGAGCACUGAGUAUGCUUUUGUUAAAAGAGAUUGGAAGAAUGACAGAAGAGUUUUAGAGAAAAGUUUGAGUCAGUAUGAAGACUUUCCMUUUCCAUAUUGGAUUGGAAUAUUCUGUGAAGGGACACGUGUUACAGAUGCUAAGCUGCAAGCAAGUAAGGACCAUGCUAUGAAGUCAGGGCUGCCAGUGCUACACCAUCAUUUAUUGCCAAGGCCAAGGGGCUUUGCAGUCAGUGCUCAYCUGCUAAAGGACAAAGUUGGUGCUGUGUAUGACAUGGAAGUGGGCUUCGCUCCAGGAUCAGAACCUACAAUAAGAAAGCUUCUCAURGGAGAAACAUUUGAUGCACAUCUUUUGGUUCGCCGCAUUCCUAUAMGUGAAGUACCAACAGACUCUUUAGAGGCAGCCUCAGAUUGGUGCAGACAGCAAUUUGUGGAAAAGGACAAAGCUAUGCAAUAUUUCAUAGAMCAUGGUGAAUUUUCUGCACCUCGGCGAGUGUAUCCACGUACUCUACGCAAUCUAAUAGCUGUUGCAGUAUGGAAUGYCCUACUCUUCACCCCUCUUAUGUCAUAUAUUAUUGCUGCUCUUGUGUCAGGAGAUAUAMAUGUAUUAUUGAUUUUUGGAGGACUUUUUUUAGUGGGUUUUUUGACUGUCAAGAUUUUGUUGCAUUUCACUGACUCGACAAAAGGAAGCAGUUUUGGUUUGAAGAAAGGUCCAAAAGAACAGAAAGAAGAGAUGAAAAAACAGACUUAAAAUGAUCUUUUUGUUCUGACAAAAUUCAUUAUUUUAAUAAUUAUUAGUAUAGGRUGUGUUAUUAUCAUUUUGUAUUAUAGUAAAUUCCAAAUAAAUGUUUGAGUUGUUUUUAUAAAAUAAUGAAAUGUCUAUAAAGUAUUUAAAUCAUAAUAUGACUGGAGUGCUUGGUUGGGUGUCAAUAGUUUUGUCGUCAACAGUUUUGUAAUUGGUGAUCUAUUCGAAGUUUCAGCUUCCCAAAGUGAA